GCAUGAGAUGCUUAAAUUCAGGUAACACAAUUCGCCCAGACUCUUGCCUAUGUUAGCACAAGUGUUUCUAGUGGGGCAUUCACGUGAGCUUCUUUAGAGAUGAAGCUACUAUUGCUUCGUUCGCUCAUUAAGCCACAAAGACAAUAUAAUUGUUCCUCUCAAGGUUGAGGAGCAAGCAGUAACCAUGGGAGAGGUUGAUCCAGCUUUCAUCCAAGACCCAGAGCACAGGCCAAACCUCUCCAUCGUCCAAGCCCAAGGUAUUCCUGUGAUUGACUUAUCUCCAUUAACCCACCAAACAGCUUUAGACCCAUCUUCCAUUGAAGGAUUAGUGAAAGAAAUAGGAAGUGCAUGCAAAGAAUGGGGAUUCUUUCAAGUAACAAACCAUGGUGUUCCCCUGAGUCUUAGGCAGAGGAUAGAGGAAGCCUCAAGGAAGUUCUUCGCACAGAGUUUGGAAGGGAAGAGGAAGGUUAGCAGAAACGAGGUCAAUCCAACUGGUUAUUAUGACACAGAGCACACCAAGAACAUCAGGGACUGGAAGGAAGUGUUUGAUUUUCUAGCAAAAGAACCCACUUUGGUCCCUGUCACUUCUGAUGAACAUGAUGAUGAAGUUACUCUCUGGAAUAAUCCAUCCCCUGAAUACCCUCCAAAUUUCAGGGUUAUACUCCAAGAGUACAUUCAAGAGAUGGAGAAUCUGGCCUUCAAGUUGAUGGAGUUGAUAGCUCUGAGCUUAGGCCUUGAACCAAAGAGUUUUGAACAGUUCUUCAUCAAAGAUCAAACCAGCUUUAUAAGACUUAACCAUUACCCUCCUUGCCCUUACUCUCACCUAGCUCUUGGUGUUGGUCGACACAAGGAUCCUAGUGCCUUGACAAUUCUUGGCCAAGAUGAGGUUGGAGGACUUGAAGUGAAAAGUAAAGCAGAUCAACAGUGGGUUAGAGUGGAACCAACCCCAGAUGCUUAUAUUAUCAAUGUUGGUGAUAUUACUCAGGUUUGGAGCAAUGAUGCCUAUGAGAGUGUGGAACACAGAGUGAUGGUUAACUCUGAGAAAGAAAGGUAUUCCAUUCCUUACUUCUUCUUCCCUGCACAUGACACUGAAGUCAAGCCUCUUGAGAAGCUGAUAAAUGAGCAAAACCCUGCAAAAUAUAGGCCAUACAAGUGGGGCAAGUUUCUUAUCCACAGAAAGAACAGCAAUUUCGAGAAGCAAAAUGUGGAGAACCUUCAAAUUUAUCAUUAUAAGCUCCCCUAAAUAUAAUUGUAUAAGGAGUAUCACUCCGCUUAUGCAUAAUGCAUUAUGCAUGUAAAUUGGGAAUAAUACAUUGCAGCAUCCGUUACAAUGUUUCUGAUAUGAGGGACUACAAUCGAGUUUGCUGCAAAAAUUUACUUGUGAUGUAAGUAUCAUUGAAUAAAAGAAAAGUAAUUUGUUCUA